AUGGUGCUCGUCAGCCCCACGGUCCAGCUGGCCGGAGUGCUAUUCGUGCUCUUCCUGGUCGUUCGAUACAUUGCCAACAUACACCGCCACUACCAACAAGCAAAGGCGCUGCACUGUGAGAAGCCCGCAAGUGGUGCUUCUGGCUUCUUCGGAAUCCCCGCGUUCCUGCGUCUCACCAGAGCUGUCCACGAGAAGCGAUGGAUCGACUACCUUACCGAUCAAUUCGAUAUCAACGGCACCACAUUCAGCCAGCGUUUCCUGACGCGCAGACUAAUCACCACCAUCGAGCCUGAGAACAUCAAGGCGAUUCUAGCGACACAAUUCAAGGACUUUUGUGAUGGUAUUUUCACACUUGAUGGGGCGGGUUGGUCGCAUGCUCGUGGCAUGUUGCGACCGCAAUUUGCCAGAGAUCAGGUCGCUGAUCUAUCCAUGCUGGAUGACCAUAUCUCGCACUUAAUCGACCUGAUCCCCAAAGACCGCAGCGCAUUCGACAUCCAGCGCCUAUUCUUCCUCCUAACCUUAGACUCCGCAACACACUUCCUCUUCGGAGAAUCUGUAGGCUGCAUGCUCCCCCCAUCGGAAACAACCGGCGUUCUCGAGAAAUCCGCCGUUCGCAACGCACAAGGUUUCGCCGAUGCUUUCACCACAGCGCAAGACUAUCUCGCCGCCCGAUCGCGCGCACAGGGUCUAUACUGGCUCGUCAACCCCAAGGAAUUCCGCGAAGCGAAUCGUCGCGUCCACGAAGUCGUCGAUCACUACGUCAACGUCGCGCUGGAGAGAAAGCGCAAUCCCGAAACCAAGCAGGGUGAUGGCCGGUAUAUCUUCCUCGAAGCACUGGCCGCGGAAACCGAUAAUCCGAAAAUGCUACGCGAUAAUAUGUUGAAUAUCCUCCUCGCUGGUCGCGAUACGACAGCCAGUCUACUCAGUUCGACAUUCUUUUAUCUCUCGCAGUAUCCGAAUGUGUGGAAUCGCCUGCGCCGUGAAAUCGUCAACGAAUUCGGCGAUGUCAAGAACCCCAAUGGCGAAAUCACUCAGACUAGAUUGAAAGAUCUGAAAUACCUUCGUUAUGUCCUGAAUGAGGUUCUCAGGCUGCAGCCUCCUGUUCCGGUCAAUUUCCGCGUCGCUACCAAGGAUACGUCUCUGCCUGUUGGCGGUGGUGCCGACAAGCGCUCUCCUGUUUAUGUGCACAAGGGUCAAUUGGUGGCUUACAAUGUGUUCGCCAUGCACCGUCGAACCGACUACUGGGGUAAAGAUGCGCGAUUGUUCAGACCGGAGCGGUGGGAAGAGAAUGCGAAGCAUGGUUGGGAGUAUCUUCCAUUCAAUGGUGGUCCUCGGAUCUGCCUUGGUCAACAAUAUGCUCUUACCGAGGCUAGCUACACUGUUGUCCGACUCAUGCAGCAUUUCGAUACGGUCGAGAAUGCGGAUCCAAGUCCCCGCCAGGAGCCGAUUAAAAAUUCCAACUUAACUAUGAUGCACGAUCGCGGUGUCCCGGUGAAACUGUAUGCAUCGGAGAAGAUCUGA